UACAGUUACUAGUACUUGCCAAUGGGGACAACAGAUUAGUUCAGGUAGAGAUUUCAAGAACACAGGCUAGGUUAUCUCGCCAUAUCAUAACUGAAAUAUAAUUGAAAAAAUGACGCUAAAUCCAGAACAAGGAAGAUUAAUUCUAAAUCACUAAUUAUAAUGAAGUAGUCAUAAAGGGUGUUGAACUUCUCAAGGUAAACUAGUAGUGGAAAUAGUAACAUUUCGAGGGGCACCGGUAACAAGUAUGUUUUUUUUUUUUUUUUUUUUUUUUUUUUUUUGGUACAGAUGUACUUUUAACGACGAAAUAUGAAAUAACUGUAGUUUCUUUCUGUACGUCACACUAUAUAAAUUGGAUGUUUCAUGACAAAUUAGUCUUGUUGUUAGCAACACUACAAACACACUCUAGAACUUUAAGCCUGUACGCUUUUCAGGUAACUUAAAGGUAACAUUUCGCUAUGUACCUUUUAAAUAUGUUGUUUACAUACUAUUUUGAAUGAUGUAUCAUAAUUUAAGCAGUCAUUCACCUUUCUACCUCUUAUGUACUUUUGUUAAAUGUUUACAUUAUCAAUCAUGUUUUAAUGGCACAGUAUAUACUAAAACAAUAUACGAAGCUGUCUAACCUAAGUCGAACAUUGGAAAGGUACGACAAAUUACUGAAGUUUAAAAUGGAUGCCAGACUAAAUAUUGUACUGCUCGCGCUUUUUAUCAUUAUUUCUGGACAGCAGUCAAACGCUGAGUAUCUUUGCUACCAUUGGACGGACGAAGAUCGAAGGGAAAUGGGUCCCAGGCCAUCUGUUGCCGCUGAAAGGGCUCAGUGUGAAAAGCAUUCCAACAUUUUUACACAAGGUCGUAAUGGAGCACAUCCGGAAUGUGGAACCUGCUGGUGUUGCGAAUAUGUUUUAUCUGCCAACACAGGGGGUCCAGGAUCUUCUAAUCUGCUUCAAAUGAUAUGCAGGUUGCUAAAAGCAAGUAACAAGCCAGGAACACAGUGUUCUUCGUGAUUCAAAGGGUUCCCCAGAUGUUGUUGUAGAACUAACAGCUAUUUUUGAAGUGAAUGAUGUUUGAAAGGGUCAAAAUAAUUGUUAUCCGGACUAGAUGCUUAGGAAUUCUGUCGCAAGUGGCGGCAUUUACUGAACUUGCCCUUUGAUCAUGGAUUGUGAGAAAGUAUUGAUACAAUCAGGCAAACAAAAGUGUUUAUUUCAAAGCAACAUUUAUA